GUUGGCAAUUCCGAUUUGUUUGCGCGGUAAAAAGUGGUAUAACCUAUAAAUAAAAGAAAAGUUAUUAGGUGUGUUGUGCAAAGCAAAUUUGAAAAAAUGGACCAACAACCGACGUGUUCCAAAUACACACACUUCAAUGAGGAAGAUGAAAAGGUGGAAGAAACAAAGCCACUGUCUCGCUACACUAUGUAUAUUUUGCCAAAGCAUAGUGUACACAAUGUAUAUGUAUCGUAUGCUGGAAAUGGCCCACAUGAAAUCUGGAUUCAGCUAGACUCUGCUAAGCAAAUAUUGUCGGUGUUGGGGGAGAAACUUAGCAAGAUCCCUUUACAAACGUUAAAAUAUAAACCAAAGAUUGGAACAGCAUGUAUAGUCAAGCGCUACAAAAGUACUUUGAGGUCUAGAGGAAUGGUUGUUGAUAUUCGGGCCAAUUGUACUUAUAUGGUAUUAUUCGUUGAUUAUGGUAAUACUGCCUACUUUUCUUGGGACGAAAUGUAUACAAUACCAAGUAGAUUUAUACAACCUAAAGUAAUGGCAAUGCGAUACACGUUAGCCGAGUCACAAACAUUACAGCUGACGUCUGAAUCCUUGCAUGCGUUCAGGAAAUUUUGUAACAAUAAAUUGUUGAAGAUGUUGGUCGUAGAAGAAGGUACACUUGAGAGUUUACCUUUAUGUAAACUUCGCUUUGGCAAUGUGACUGCCAUAGACAUUUUAAAAAGCAACCUUAUGCUCAGGUAUCUUCCACGUGCAGCACCAGAUGUUGCCACUGAUGUAACAAUAAGCCAUGUAAAUAACUGUGGCGAUUUUUAUAUUCAAGAAAAAUCUAGCAUAAGUGAAUUGCGUAAAAUAAAUGCGAUAGUGCAACAAAACUGCCGUACUGCUCCAACGAUUCAUGGUUCACAAUUAUCGGAGGGUUUGCCAUGUUGCGCAGUGUCUCCGGUGGACAAUAAGUGGUAUCGCACAAAAGUUUUGUCAAAUAUCAACGAUGUUGUGAAAGUUUCUUACAUAGAUUAUGGUGACAAGCAUACAGUAAAACUUACUGACUUGAGAAUGCCGCGCACAAAUCGACUAACGACCACAUGCCCGUUUGCCUUAAAAUGCUCAUUGUCUGGCUAUGACGAUAGAAAAGAUAGUCCCGCUAAUGGCGCAUUAUAUAAACUAAUUGCCGCGAGGGAAUUUAAAAUGAGAGUUGUCGCCUAUAAAAAUGCAGUACCUCAAGUCGAGCUUUUAGAUGAAGAGGGUCAUAGUGUAACAGAGGAACUGGAGAAGGAAUUACAUUCACUUUCUUUAGGAUCUGUACCAGAAGAAGAUCAGACAGAGGAAUAAUUUUGUCUUGCUUCCACGUGAACAAAAUCCAGAAGCCUACAAAAACGAACCCUUAACAAUGACACGAAUUGUCAUUUUGAGUUUAUUAUGUUUUGAUUAAACUUCGAAGAAAUUUGCCAUGGUUGCAAAAAUCUUGGACUUCUAUUCUUUAAGUGUUUUAAACAGUUUGUUAUCUUUUCUUAUGGUUUUUGCGUGCCAAAGCAAAAAUGGUACGCAACAUUUUUGUCAACGUGCUUCAAGUCAUGGUUAGACGUCAUCGAUAUCAGCGUAGUAGGACUUGGAUUAGAUUUCCAAACUUGAAAUGGGAAAGAUGUCGCUUUGGUACAGGUGUGAGCCAUAACUGUGACUUUGGAGUGGGUUAGAAGCGUCAGUGCUGUUUUUAGUUAUUUAUCUAUCAAAGUUCCUUAAAUUUUUUUAUAUAUUAAUAUUAAAUAUUGUUGAUGUUUAUAUUUAGGUUUAGUUACGUUGGUCAAUGUUUUUUGCUAUUAAUAUGAUUUGUAAUCGUUACUCCAAUUCGUUAACAAUAUUGGAAUUUCUCCACCUUUAUAAUACAUUCAUCUGAUUAAAUAUU